GUCACUGUUAUGAUACAUUUUUCGGAUUUUUUCAUUAAAGCAAGGGGAUCGGUUUCAGACUGUGUAUAUUUUCAUAUAAUUUUGAUUAAAAUUAUUUGUUCAAAAUGUAUAAAAACUGUGUUUGGGAAACGUUGCAGGCUGUCGAACAGGUCGAGGUGUCUUUCAAGGAAACGCUAAAAAACAUUCGAAAUAUCAACAAUCGGUACAAAAUGGUAUCCGCCCUCAAGAGGAAGGCCCAGAAGCGUCAGGAUGCGUUCGAAGCUGAAAUCCAUGCGGCCAUUACCCAACCGAGUUAUUCAAAAGCUUCAAAAGUGUCCAAGAAGGCUUCCAAGAACAAGAAGCACAAGGGUAUUAGCAAAGCCAAGCGAAACUCCACAACCAAGAUAUUCCAAGGUAUGGAGUACAUUGAGAGCCCCUUUCUCUUGCCACCCACCUCGUCCGAAGAGAAUAUCUCGAAGAUGGACGCUCCGUUUUUGUGCGUUCAGACCAACUGUGUGUAUGAGAUUCAUAAUAGCACCACCACCCAGUUGGUCGCACGGAAGCCCUAUCAGAAUUUCAUCCGGCGGCUUUAUCGGGCGGCGCGACAGAAGUCCCAGAAGGACUCCAGGAUGCGGGAGCAGGAUCAGGCGGUGUGCCCGGAUUGUUCCAUCUCCUGCUCCUGCUCUUGCUCCUCCAGCUGCUCUGUGGCCACGUAAAUUGUUAGUAUGAAGUAUGCAUGUGAGCUUUUAUUUUCUGCCGCAUCAAGUUGUUGCAUACUUUUUGGCAUUAACAUCGCAAAUUUUCUUUAAAAAUUGUGUAUAAUUUUAAUAAAUUAUUGUAAUGAGUAAAGAAUUUAAUAAGAACCCAUGAAAAGGAAUAUUAAAUGAAAAAUCCGAUGGAUCCAAAAUAUGAAUCCCUAGGAAGGAUA